GUGAGUGCGGCUAUACAUGGAGCUCUCCGUAAAAUUUGCUGUAAUGUUUAAUGAUUAGAGUUCAUAUCAUGAUGUUUCAUAUCACAUAGGAAAUAUAAGUAUAGUGUGGUGAUAUAUAGUGAGUGAAAGCAUAGUUGUGAUAGUGUGAGUGGAUUUACCGACUGAAAAUGCAGUGGUAGAAUUACUUCGAAGAUCUGCAGACGAGAGUUAAACGCUCGUUGCUGGAAUUAUUAUGGCAAUGUCGCAUGACGUCAUCGAUGCUUCUCAACAGGGAAAAUUAGUAAUGGACGAUGGAGACGAGAAGGACGACGUCAAGAGAAAGUCGAGGAAUCUUUCGGAGAAGAAGCGCCGGGAUCAGUUCAACCUCCUCAUCAACGAGCUCUCCAGCAUGGUGGCCUCCAACAACCGCAAGAUGGACAAGUCGACCGUCCUCAAGGCCACCAUCGCCUUCCUCAAGAACCAGAAGGAGAUCUCGGUGAGGUCGCAGAGCCACGAGAUCCGAGAAGACUGGAAGCCGUCCUUCCUCUCCAACGAGGAGUUCACGC